AUGCUGGGGUUUGAUGGAGCCUUGGACGCACCGGGAUCUGCUAUGUUUGGUGGAGGUUCAGGGGAUAUUCUUCUAGCUUAUGCCGGGUGUGAGGGAACAGAAGAUAACCUUGCAGACUGUGCUCAUAAUGCAGGAAAUAAAGGUGUCUCUUGCAGAUAUGGAAAGGAUGAACGCAUCAGUUGUUUUCAUUACGAUUGCAGUCAUGCAGGGGAUGCAGGUGCCAUUUGUUAUUCCGGAGCCCAUCCUCAGCCAUUUCAAGUUCGUCUGAUUGGUGGAUCUAACGAUGCUGAAGGAAGAGUAGAAUUCUUGAACGAUGGAUCCUGGGGAACUAUCUGUGACGAUCUAUGGGAUCUGAGAGACGCGAGGGUGGUUUGUAGAAUGCUGGGGUUUGAUGGAGCCUUGGACGCACCGGGAUCUGCUAGGUUUGGUAAAGGUUCAGGGGAUAUUCUUAUAGAUGAUGUCGGGUCCCAUCCAAAUUCUUUCGGAAUAAGGCUCGUCGGAGGAGCCAGUAAUUCUGAAGGCAGAGUGGAGGUAUGUACGAUGGAUCCUAGGGAACUAUCUGUGAUAAUGGCUGGGAUCUCAGAGACGCGAGGGUCGUCUGCAGGAUGCUAG